GACUCCAGCCGCCGGAAGCGGAAAUAGCGCCGGGCGCCGCCAGGGUAUCCGUAUCUGCCACCGCGAUGCCGAAGGGUCCCAAGCAGCAGCCGCCAGAGCCCGAGUGGAUCGGGGACGGAGAGGGCACGAGCCCCGCAGACAAAGUGGUGAAGAAAGGAAAGAAGGACAAGAAGACCAAAAAGACGUUCUUUGAAGAACUGGCAGUAGAAGACAAACAGGCUGGCGAGGAAGAGAAAGCGCUCAAGGAGAAGGAGCAGCAACAGCAGCAGCAGCAGCAGCAAAAAAAGAAGCGAGACACCCGAAAAGCCCGGCGAAAGAAGGAUGUGGACGAUGAUGGCGAGGAGAGAGAGCUCAUGGAGCGCCUUAAGAAACUGUCGGUGCCAGCCAGCGAUGAGGAGGACGAGGUGCCUGCCCCGGUAGCUCGAGCGGGGAAGAAGACCAAGGGUGGUAAUGUUUUUGCAGCCCUGAUUCAGGAUCAGAGUGAGGAAGAGGAGGAGGAAGAAAAACAUCCCCCUAAGCCUGCCAAGCCAGAGAAGAAUCGGAUCAAUAAGGCUGUAUCUGAGGAACAACAGCAGCCCGGGCUCAAGGGCAGACAGGCACGGGAAGAGAAGUCGAGAGGGAAGGCUAAGCCUCAGAGUAAAUUUGCUGCUCUGGCCAAUGAAGAAGAGGAUGAAGAAGAAGAAAUAACAAAAGAAAAGGAGCCUCCCAAACAAGGGAAAGAGAAGGCCAGGAAGGCAGAGCGGGGUUCAGAGGAAGAAGGAGAAGCCGAUGAGCAAGAGGAAGAAGAAGGAGAUUCUAAGGCAGAUGAUCCCUAUGCUCACCUUAGCAAAAAGGAGAAGAAAAAACUGAAGAAACAGAUGGAGUAUGAGCGCCAGGUGGCUUCAUUAAAAGCGGCCAAUGCUGCUGAAAAUGACUUCUCCGUGUCCCAGGCAGAGGUGUCCUCUCGCCAAGCCAUGUUAGAAAAUGCAUCUGACAUCAAGCUGGAGAAGUUCAGCAUCUCGGCCCACGGCAAGGAGCUAUUUGUCAACGCGGACCUGUAUAUUGUCGCCGGCCGCCGCUAUGGGCUAGUGGGACCCAAUGGCAAGGGCAAGACCACGCUGCUCAAGCACAUCGCCAACCGAGCGCUGAGCAUCCCCCCCAACAUCGACGUGCUGCUGUGUGAGCAGGAGGUGGUGGCGGACGAGACACCAGCAGUGCAGGCUGUUCUGCGAGCCGACACUAAGCGAUUGAAGCUGCUGGAAGAGGAGCGUCAGCUUCAGGGACGGCUGGAACAGGGGGAUGACACAGCUGCCGAGAGGCUAGAGAAGGUGUAUGAGGAAUUGCGGGCCACCGGGGCGGCAGCUGCAGAGGCCAAAGCACGGCGGAUCCUGGCUGGUCUGGGCUUCGACCCUGAAAUGCAGAGUCGGCCCACACAGAAGUUCUCGGGGGGCUGGCGCAUGCGUGUCUCUCUGGCCAGAGCACUGUUCAUGGAGCCCACGCUGCUGAUGUUGGACGAGCCCACGAACCACCUGGACCUCAACGCCGUCAUCUGGCUCAACAACUACCUCCAGGGCUGGCGGAAGACCUUGCUUAUCGUGUCCCACGACCAGGGCUUCCUGGAUGACGUCUGCACUGACAUCAUCCAUCUGGACGCCCAGCGGCUCCAUUACUACAGGGGCAAUUACAUGACCUUCAAGAAGAUGUACCAGCAGAAGCAGAAGGAGCUGCUGAAGCAGUACGAGAAGCAGGAGAAAAAGCUGAAGGAGCUGAAGGCGGGGGGCAAGUCCACCAAGCAGGCGGAAAAGCAAACGAAGGAAGCCCUGACUCGAAAGCAGCAGAAAUGCCGACGGAAAAACCAGGAUGAGGAAUCCCAGGAGGCCCCUGAGCUCCUGAAGCGCCCCAAGGAGUACACUGUGCGAUUCACCUUCCCCGACCCCCCGCCACUCAGCCCUCCGGUGCUGGGUCUGCACGGUGUGACAUUUGGCUAUGAGGGGCAGAAACCACUCUUUAAGAACCUAGACUUUGGCAUCGACAUGGACUCCAGGAUCUGCAUCGUGGGCCCCAAUGGCGUGGGCAAGAGCACCCUGCUCCUCUUGCUGACCGGCAAACUGACGCCGACCCGCGGGGAAAUGAGAAAGAACCAUCGGCUGAAAAUUGGCUUCUUCAACCAGCAGUAUGCAGAGCAGCUGCACAUGGAGGAGACGCCCACCGAAUACCUGCAGCGGAGCUUCAACCUGCCCUACCAGGACGCCCGCAAGUGCCUGGGCCGCUUUGGCCUGGAGAGUCAUGCCCACACCAUCCAGAUCUGCAAGCUCUCUGGUGGUCAGAAAGCCCGAGUUGUGUUUGCGGAGUUGGCCUGUCGGGAGCCUGAUGUCCUCAUCUUGGACGAGCCAACCAAUAACCUGGACAUAGAGUCUAUCGAUGCUCUGGGGGAAGCCAUCAACGAGUACAAGGGUGCUGUGAUCGUCGUCAGCCAUGAUGCGCGACUCAUCACGGAAACCAACUGCCAGCUGUGGGUGGUGGAGGAGCAGAGUGUCAGCCAAAUCGAUGGCGACUUCGAGGACUACAAGCGGGAGGUGUUGGAGGCCCUGGGUGAAGUCAUGGUCAACCGGCCCCGAGAGUGAGCUUUCCUUCCUGGAAGGCUCCUAAGAGACAAGCUUACAUGGCCUAGAAUUCCCCUGCCCUCUCCCUCUCUCCUCGGAAGACUGCCCUGGGCUGCAGCUGGCCCGGCAGCGACUCAGGCACCUGAAGGCAGAAACUUGUCUUGACGUGACCAGGAUACCACUUUGAUUGCUUCCGUUUCUCUGAAAGACUUGCCUGUCCCACUUUUCUUGAGAGAACUGAGCUGGCCUUACCCUUGACAUCCUCUAUCCAGACAGCGGUGACCACUUUCGUUGCUGUGGGGCUGCAUCCCGCAAGCUUCUGUGGCCUGUUGUCUCCAGACCGGCAGCACUCGGAAGCCGCCUCUGCGCAGCCUGAGCCUCAAGCCCAGCCCCGGCCUCGCAGUGCUGCUGCUGUUUGCCGGUGUUGCAGCUCAGAGCUGGCGGCCGGCGUCUGAAGCCUGUGCCGUUACUCAACCCAGGAGCCUCCUGUCUGGAUGGGGACUGCGGGGGCAGGAAAGGAACGCUGCUGAACUUGGAUCUGCCUGUCCGAGGGCGAGAAAUAAAGGAACAGAGCUGCUGUCGCCCUGUCACUGUGUAGAGGUU